AUGACAACGCCACAACACCCAGCGCGCUCUCAUCAACGCUGCCAGGAUGAAGAAGUGUCACCAAAGAGCGGAUUUCGCUCAUUUCUACCACCUCUCAACUUCAUCACACUACAUUACGCCUACUUCAUCGGCACGACCCUCCUCGCCUCGGCAAUCUUUUACGCCUCGUCGAACCCACACGGCAGCAUCAGCUAUGUUGACUCGCUCUUCCUCGUCGUUUCCGCCAUGACGGAAGCCGGACUCAAUACCGUCAACCUCAGCGAGAUGACCGUCUGGCAGCAGGUACUGCUCUGGUUGCUCAUCGUCAUUGGCAGCUCUAUCUGGGUUUCGAUAUGGACCGUUGUGGCGAGAAAGCACGUUUUCGAGAAGAGUCUCAGAAAGGUCGCAUAUGCCCAGGAUGAGGGGGGUCAUCAGCAUGAGGCCAGCUUGCCCAUGUUUACCAGCAGUUGCCCUGCGGCCCAAGGGAAAGCAGACACGAGUGGCACUAACAUAACGGACCUGGGAGGUUCAACUCAAACUCGAGCUGCGGGCAACCAUGUUCUCAUCGAAACGACCGGUGACAUCGCCCGCCGUUCAACGCCUUCCGCUCUCUCCAGAAGAAAGCCAACUCGCCCUUGGCUAUCCCUCCUCAGCGCUUCCAAAGAGGGCCGCAAUUCCCAGUUCCACUCUCUCACAGGCCCCGAACGCUCCCGCCUAGGAGGUCUCGAAUACCGCGCCCUUGAACUCUUGUCGAUCGUGGUCCCACUGUAUUCAGUUCUCUGGCAAGUACUCGGUAGUCUUGCUCUCGGCGCGUGGAUCGCGAACAAUAUGCCGACAGUCGCAACAUCCAACGGCGCGAACCCCUGGUGGGCCGGCAUAUUCUUUGCUGUAUCAGCCUUCAACAACUCGGGCAUGUCGUUGCUGGACGCCAACGUAGUGCCCUUCCAACAAGCAUAUUUCGUACUCAUUGUCAUGGGUCUGCUCAUCUUGGCUGGUAAUACGGCCUAUCCCCUAUUUCUGAGACUCAUCUUUUGGUCAGCCCUGAAAGUACUCCGAUUGGUGACCGUCGAGGGAACAUUGGUAGACUUGAAGAGCACGUUGGAGUUUAUACUAAAGUACCCACGACGAGUUUACACAAACCUGUUUCCGUCUCGGCCGACGUGGUGGCUCUUUUUCAUGGUUCUGAUGACGAAUGGCAUUGACUGGAUGGCAUUCGAGGUUCUCAAUAUCGGCAACCCGAUUAUUGAAGCCAUUCCUGCCGGGGCUAGAGUGUUGGAUGGUCUGUUUCAGGCAAUUGCUGUCCGCUCCGGAGGUUUCUACGUCAUCCCCAUAGCCUCCGCCUAUCCGGGACUGCAGGUUCUGUACGUCAUCAUGAUGUACAUCUCCGUGUACCCCGUGGUGAUUACGAUGCGACACUCCAACGUCUACGAAGAGCGGUCUUUGGGGAUCUUUCGCGACGACGAGGCAUCUUCAGAUACUUUUGUCCGACAAGACAAGAAACACUCAAGCGGCGGCGGUAUCUUGGCGCAUUUCUUACGAGAGAACCUCAGCUUUGCCGGUGUUGGUGCAGCCAAGACCGAAAAGAGAGGCAAUGGGUUCGAAACUCGAAUGAGCUUUGUAAAUCAACAGAUCCGUGGGCAGCUCGCACAUGACCUGUGGCUUCUUGCUCUGGCUGUGCUCAUCAUCGUGACGAUCGAGACGUCACACUUCCUUGAGGAUCCGGUGCAUUUUUCAGUCUUCAAUGUCAUUUUCGAAGUUGUUUCGGGCUACGGUUGCGUGGGUAUAUCUGUGGGACUGCCUAAAGAUGCCAUGAGCUUUUCUGGAGGUUGGCACCCUGGAAGUAAACUGGUCUUGUGUCUCGUGAUGCUGAGGGGACGUCACCGAGGUUUACCUGUGGCUCUGGAUAGGGCUGUGCGGUUACCAGGACAGAGGCUAUUGGAGGAGGAGGAGGAAGAAGAUUGGAGACUGAGAGGGGCUUAA